AUGACAAAGCCCAUCUCCAAGAGGCCGAAACCCCAACCCGGCAACCUCAAGAGCAAGAUACAAAAGGAAAAAGGAAUACUACAACGUGGUUCCAUCAUAUACGAUAGGUUAAGGAUAAUUAGCCGAUCAGUUGAUGAGUGUAUUAGGGAGGUUAUAAAUCAAUUACUUAAGGUAAACGAGUUGAUAUUUGUAAGUGAGAUGGACCACCUAUAUUUUUCUUAUGACAACCCAAGUAUUGUGUGUGUUAGGUUGGGCAUUAAUGAGAAGGAUGUGUAG